GGGAUCACGGUACCGAGGUACCGACCGUCUCGAUGGGUCAACUUCUUUAAAAACCCUAAAACUAUUUCAUUUCUUCAGGUCCCUGCACUACGGUUACUGCGAUUCUCUCCUGGCGACUCUCAUCCACUUUCGAAAUUCACUCUCUCCAAAGGUAAUUCUUCCAAUUUCAUCUUCAAUUCUUCAAAUUCUUGCUUCAAUUCAUCGAUAUUUACCAAUUUUUCUCUAAAAUCCAUUCUUUUUCUCAAACAUGAGCGAAAUUGUCAUCGAUCCCCAAGCCGGGUUCAAGGCUUAUGCCGACCCACACAUUAUUGAGGGGAGAACCUUGAAGCAAGAUGAUAUUCGCACUGCCGUCCUACAUAUCAUCCAUGAACAAGGCCUCGUCAAGGUUGGAAACGUUUACUACAUGAAGCGAGAAUUUCAAAACCUUGAUGCGGAAACAAGAGCGGUUUACGGUCCUCGGCGAUCCAUGUCAUCCUUGCCUUCUACCUCUCAAGCUCCUAAAGCCGAAGCAAAUGAAAACCCGGAGGUCCCCGUUCACGCUCCUCGGGUCAAACGCUCAAAGUCCGCCUCUCAUGCUUCCUCGGCCUCACUCUUGCAUCGCCAUUCUCACAUGUCCUCUUCAUUGAAGAAUCCUUCCAAGAAGUUCAAAAAAUUUAUCCUCAAGACUGUGCUGGCACCGAUGAAGAAGCUUCAAGAGAGCACUACGCCAAAAACAGCAUCAGACGACUGUUGAUUAACUACUGUUAAUGGAAACACAGUAGUUGGAAAAAAACAGACUACUGAAGUGGCAUCGCUGUAAUAAAUUAAAGGAGACUCAAGCCAACAUAACAUCACACCAGAUGUUGAGAUUGUGCCGAUGGACUAUGUCAACACCGCCAUGGAACGUCUAGCCAAAGCCGACGUGAAAUACGGAUUCGUAUUGGAUUUUUCCACAGAGGAAUAGGAUGGAUUGAAAAGGCAGGCAUGUAGAAUAUGCAAAUUGUAAGGAAGAUGAUGUAAAUAUUAAAUUAUUAGAUGUUAA